AUGGAUGCCACAGAGUUCCGAAAAAGAGGCAAAGAGAUAGUGGACUACAUAGCAGACUACAUGGAGAACAUAGAGAAGAGGCAGGUGUAUCCUGAUGUAGAGCCAGGCUACCUGAGGCCCCUCCUCCCAGAUUCUGCUCCUGAAGAACCUGAGAGAUUUGAAGAUGUCUUUAAAGAUAUUGAAAGGAUCAUUAUGCCUGGGAUAACUCACUGGCAUCAUCCAUGCUUCUUUGCCUACUUUGCUACAGCCAACUCUUUCCCAGCCCUUCUGGCUGACAUGCUGUCUGGGGGCAUAGGUUGUAUGGGCUUCUCUUGGGCUGCAAGCCCCGCUUGCACAGAACUGGAGACAGUUAUGAUGGAUUGGCUCGGCAAAAUGAUCAAUUUGCCUCCACAGUUUUUGGUCGGGAAUGGGGGAGCAGGCGGUGGGGUGAUCCAGGGCACAGCCAGUGAGUCAACUCUGGUUGCAAUGCUCGCAGCUAGAACCAAAGCGAUCUGUCGUGCCUUAUCGGAAAACAAAGAUUUGACUCAGGGAGACGUAAUUGGCCGGCUGGUGGCUUAUGCUUCCGACCAAGCUCAUUCAUCAGUUGAGAAGGCUGCUGUAAUUGCUGGAGUGAAAAUUAAAGAGGUCCCCACAGAUGACACCUUUGCCGUAUGUGGAUCAGUUCUAAGAAAAGUUAUAGAGGAGGAUAAAGCUUCAGGUCUCAUCCCAUUCUUUUUUUGUGCGACACUUGGAAGUACCCCAUGCUGCUCCUUUGACAAGCUGCUAGAGUUGGGUCCUAUUUGUAACAAGGAAAAUAUUUGGAUGCAUAUUGAUGCAGCUUAUGCAGGGAGCUCAUUCAUCUGCCCAGAAUUCCGCUACCUUCUCAAUGGAGUGGAGUUUGCAGAUUCAUUUAACUUCAACCCACACAAAUGGCUCCUGGUGAACUUUGACUGCUCAGCCAUGUGGGUGAAGAACAGAUCAGACUUAACAAGCACCUUUAAAAUUGACCCUCUUUACCUGAAGCAUGAGCAUGAGGAAUCUGGACUUAUUACCGAUUACAGGCACUGGCAGAUCCCUCUGGGCCGGCGGUUCCGUUCCUUGAAAAUGUGGUUCGUGUUUCGAAUGUAUGGCGUGAAGGGACUACAGGAGCACAUCCGCAAGCAUGUUAAGCUAGCUCAUGAAUUUAAGGAGCUGGUGCUUCAGGAUGACCGAUUUGAGAUCUGUGCUGAGGUCAUACUGGGACUGGUGUGCUUCCGCCUGAAGGGCAGCAAUGAGCUUAAUGAAGCACUUCUGCAAAGCACAAACAAUGCUAGGAAGAUUCAUCUCGUUCCAUGCUACCUGAGAGAGAAAUACGUGCUGCGUUUUGCAAUUUGUGCUCGCACAGUGGAGUCUGCUCAUGUCCAGUUUGCCUGGAAUCACAUCAAGAAGUUGGCCGGUGACCUUUUGAAAGCACAAAAGCAGCAGUAGUAAUGGCUAAAAGCAGAGGAUUUGGUCCAAUGGAGGAUUGAAGCACAUCAAAACUACCAAAUCCAGGGGAGAUAUAGAUAAGAAUGUACCAAUCACUUUGCUGCAUUAGGCCAAGAUACAUAUAGUCCAUUCUGUGUCCAACAGCAGCCUAUGAGAUGCCUUUGACAGCUCUAAAACAAGCCAGGAAAAUGAUGUCCUUCUCUUGCUAUUUGCCUUUAGUAUCUGGUAUACAGCUGUAUGAAUUGCAAUUCUAUUAAGCAGUCCUGCUGAAUAAGGCUUGCUCUGUUCUUCAUAAAUUUGCAUAUUUUGUUUAGUACAUUAAGCUAGUGGCCAUCACAUUUUGUGGAAGAAUGAAACAAUACAAAGAAUGUAAGGGAAAGAGGGGAAGGAGAUAGUAAAAAAAAGUAGGUGACACUAUUUCAUGAGUUUAGAAAUAGAGAAAUCAUUCUGGCUUGAGAAGCACACUUUAGGGUGCAAGACCAAAGGAUAAUUCAGAGUCCUACCCUUGGAUAAGGCUUGUAGCUGGGACUCUGGAUAUGGAGUUUCCUCCCUCUCUGCAGACAUCAUGGGAAGAACCAUGCUGGCUGCGACCCCGAGUUGAGGUCACAAGAGUGACCUUGGGAAUGCACUUUUAGGAGGAAAGAAGGGAGUAUCUGGCAGUGUUUCGAGUCUCCUUUUAUGUUCUCCAGGGUGGAAUACUUAAACAGCUUUGCCAGCUCUCAACUGUUUCAGUCUUCUGUA